AAACGGCUUCUUCAAAUUAAGCAUGCUAUUAAAUUAAUGGAAGCAACUAUGAGUGCAGAUAAUAAUUAUAUUAUUCGUAAAGAUGCAAUUCGUUUAAAAUUCUUAAUGAUUACAGAAGAAGAAUGGAAACUUGAUUUGACAAAUAUGUUAACUAUUUUUGAUGAGGAGGAAGAGAAUAUAGUCGAUAUAGAUGAAGAAUUAGAAAUAAUUAUUACGGCUAAUGGAGGUAAGUUUAAACUUAGUCAACCUCAAAAUACGGAUAACCUAGUAGAAAAAGUAAAGGAGAAUUUAUAUAAAGCAUUAGACCAUUAUUGGGACACACCUCUUGAUUGUUCUUUAAUUGCAAUGUUACUUGAUCCACGUUGUAAGUCAAUGAAAAAAUUAAAUAGUUGGGAACGUGAUAAGGCUAUUGAUCUUUUGCGAGAAAAAUAUGAUUUACUUAGUAUUAGAAAUGAAAGUAUUACUAACUUG